AUGCAGACGGUCAAACUAGGUUUCCAAGUUAUUGAGGAAACAGUGUCUGACCCUGGAGUUAGUAUGGGAUUGGUCUGGAAGUCUACACUGGAGACUAGAGUCAGCAUUGUACAGGGUAGAACUAUUGUCCAGCUCAUCUCUAUAGUUGUACAGGGUAGAACUAUUGUCCAGCUCAUCUAUAUAGUUGUGCAGGGUAGAACUAUUGUCCAGCUCAUCUAUAUAGUUGUACAGGGUAGAACUAUUGUCCAGCUCAUCUAUAUAGUUGUACAGGGUAGAACUAUUGUCCAGCUCAUCUAUAUAGUUGUACAGGGUAGAACUAUUGUCCAGCUCAUCUAUAUAGUUGUGCAGGGUAGAGCUAUUGUCCAGCUCAUCUAUAUAGUUGUGCAGGGUAGAACUAUUGUCCAGCUCAUCUAUAUAGUUGUACAGGGUAGAACUAUUGUCCAGCUCAUCUAUAUAGUUGUGCAGGGUAGAACUAUUGUCCAGCUCAUCUAUAUAGUUGUGCAGGGUAGAACUAUUGUCCAGCUCAUCUAUAUAGUUGUGCAGGGUAGAACUAUUGUCCAGCUCAUCUAUAUAGUUGUACAGGGUAGAACUAUUGUCCAGCUCAUCUAUAUAGUUGUGCAGGGUAGAACUAUUGUCCAGCUCAUCUAUAUAGUUGUGCAGGGUAGAACUAUUGUCCAGCUCAUCUAUAUAGUUGUACAGGGUAGAACUAUUGUCCAGCUCAUCUAUAUAGUUGUGCAGGGUAGAACUAUUGUCCAGCUCAUCUAUAUACUUGUACAGGGUAGAACUAUUGUCCAGCUCAUCUAUAUAGUUGUACAGGGUAGAACUAUUGUCCAGCUCAUCUAUAUAGUUGUACAGGGUAGAACUAUUGUCUAG